AUGAAAGUCAAUUCGGUUAUAUUUCAAAAAGCAAGCAAAGCGAUUGACAAGUACGCUCUGUAUGUUCCGAAGACAGGAGUCUUUCCUAAAGGUUUCAAAGUAGCUGCCGUAGCUUCUGGAGUGAAGAAAAAUGGUAAUUUGGAUCUAGGAGUGCUUUUGAAUGUUAAUAAGUCCUACGAAUCCUCUGCCGCGGCUGUUUUUACCACAAACAAAUUUCAAGCAGCUCCUGUUUUGACCUGCAAAAGAAUUCUUAAAUCAACGAACGGUAAAGGUAUUAAUGCAAUUGUGGUCAAUUCUGGCUGUGCAAAUUCCGUGACAGGUGAACUCGGUAUGAAAGAUGCUGAAAAUAUGGUAAAUCUUGUUGAUAAGGAGAUAAACUCCAAAAAUUCGACUUUAGUGAUGUCAACUGGUGUGAUUGGUCAGAGAUUGUCAAUGGAUAAGAUUUCAAAGGGGAUUGAAGACAUUUUCAAACAGAAUAAAUUCAAUAAUGACUUUGAAUCUUGGCUUAAUAUUGCGAAAUCGAUUUGCACUACGGAUACCUUCCCCAAAUUGAUCACAUCUACAUUUACUUUAACAAGUGGUGUCAAAUAUACAUUGACAGGUAUGGCUAAAGGUGCAGGUAUGAUUUGUCCGAACAUGGCAACUCUUUUGGGUUACAUAGUUACUGAUUUACCAAUCCAAAGUCAGGCGCUGCAAAACAUGUUGACGCACUCCACGGAUCGUUCCUUCAAUUGUAUUUCUGUCGACGGUGACAUGAGCACCAAUGAUACAAUUUGUAUGAUCGCAAAUGGUGCCGUAGAAAUACCUGAAAUUACACAGAAGUCAUCAGAAUUUGAAGAAGUUAAACAGCAGGUUACGGAAUUUGGUCAAAGGUUGGCUAAAUUGGUCGUUCGAGAUGGUGAAGGUGCCACAAAAUUUGUGACCGUUAAUGUCAAAAAUGCUUAUCAAUUUCAAGAUGCAAAGAUUAUAGCAGAAUCUAUAUCAAAUUCCAUGCUCGUCAAAUGCGCCUUAUAUGGUCAAGAUGCAAACUGGGGUAGAAUUCUGUGCGCUAUUGGUUAUGCCAAACUGGGUAAUUUGCGCUCUCUGGACACCGAUAAAAUUAAUGUUAGCUUUGUAGCGACAGAUGACUCACAACCCCAUGAGUUAAAGCUUGUCGUCAACGGUGUUCCUCAAUUAAACAUUGACGAAGAGAGAGCGUCCGAAAUUUUGGCUCUGCCCGAUCUUGAAGUUUCCGUGGAUCUAGGAACAGGUACCGAAGAGGCUCAAUUUUGGACUUGUGACUUGUCUCAUGAAUAUGUUACCAUCAAUGGUGAUUACCGUUCUUGA